ACCACACGGCGCGGCACACGGCAGCUGAAACGCCGCGCAGUACCCAGCUAGGCAGGCAAAAGACUAAUUCAGACCUAGGCCUAGAUACCUAAUAUUACCAGGUCUUUCAGUCAUCAUGAGCGAGCAGGUUGUAAUAGUUUCAGCAGUACGAACACCAAUAGGUAACCUGAAUGGAGCCCUUUCAAGUUUAGCUGGACACAAGAUUGGCAGUAUUGCAAUCAAAGAUGCUCUAAGAAAGGCUGCAGUCCGAGAAGAUGAAGUUUCUGAGGUUAUCAUGGGCCAAGUGUUGACAGGCGGUCAAGGACAGAACCCAGCCCGUCAAGCAAGCAAAGGGGCAGGGCUGCCAGAUGGUGUACCAGCAUGUGGGGUCAGCAUGGUGUGUGGUUCUGGCUUAAGGGCUGUUGUCCUAGGUGUGCAGGCUAUUUGUUGCAACGAUGCUGAAAUUGUUGUUGCUGGCGGGCAGGAGAGUAUGAGCCAGGCUAUGCAUGCUGUUCAUAUGAGGAACGGUACCAAGUUUGGUGAUGUUGCCUUAAAAGACACUCUUCUAAGUGAUGGGUUGAUUGAUGCCUUCCACACUUACCACAUGGGAAUAACAGCUGAGAACGUUGCUCAGAAGUGGAAUAUCAGUCGGCAGGAACAGGAUCAGUUUGCCCUAAACUCACAACUGAAGGCUGAAACAGCUCAGAACAGUGGCUAUUUCAAUGAGGAGAUCACAAAGGUCACGAUAAGCUCAAGGAAAGGUGAUAUUGAAGUAAGUAAAGAUGAAUUCCCAAGACCAGGUUGUACUCUAGAGGGCUUUAGUAAAUUGAAACCAGCAUUUGUGAAGGACGGUUCAGGUACAGUCACAGCUGGCAACGCCUCAGGCAUCAACGAUGGAGCAGCUGUGGUCGUAAUGAUGUCUGAAAGAGCCGCAGAGAAGCGAGGUCAUAGGGUGCUAGCACGUGUGGUAUCCUGGGCACAGGCAGGUGUUGACCCAUCCAUCAUGGGUACUGGACCAAUUCCAGCAAUACAAAAAGCAGUAAGCAAGGCAGGUUGGGAUCUUGAUUCUGUUGAUCUGUUUGAAUUAAAUGAAGCUUUUGCUGCUCAAUCAAUUGCUGUCAUCCGUGAUCUUUCGUUGGAUCCUAUAAAGGUUAAUAUAUGCGGCGGUGCAAUAGCCCUAGGACACCCGAUUGGGGCGUCGGGAGCUCGUAUUCUUGUUACACUUGUGCAUCAAAUGAAGAGGACCAAUAAGAAGCGGGGCAUAGCAGCAUUGUGUAUUGGUGGGGGCAUGGGUAUUGCCAUGUGUGUGGAGGCACUUUGAAUACCCCUCUAUAUUUAGACAUACAUUAUUUAUUUAAAUAUUAAUAAACCAACAAAAACAGUUAUUUUAAUCUGUCUCAUUGGAAUUGCUAUUUUCAUACUUGAGCGAAAUAUUUUUUUAAUCUGAAUUUUGAGGGUUUCUUUAUUCAUCAGAUCCACAAAAUAGUCAAGCAUCAUGGAAAAUAAAUAUAUGUUCAUCUACAGUAUUUACUUUAAUUUUAGGAUUUUUAUUAAAUUAAUGACAAUGGGGAUGCAAGGAUGAACUUGGUGUUCUUGUGUUAUCCUUCGAAUGGACAUUGGCUAUGGUGUUUUUUUAAGUACAGUACUCGUUAUUAAUAUCACUUUAUUUUGUAUAAAACAAUAAGGGAAAAUAUACAAUCUUAGAUCAUGGCCCAGAAGGGGCACAUGCAAGGAGAAACAAAUUAUAAUUACAAAGCAAUACCAUUAGCGGAGUGGCAAUUUAUGGGUUAGUUUGCUGACCGUAUGAGGACCAAUGUAACAUCUGCUAUAUAAAUUAUAGAUUAAAAAUUGAUGACAAUACAAACAAUGAAAGGACAGUACAAUAGCUUAAAAUUGUAAAAAUGUUUAUUCCACUCAAAAUUACAUACAACAAAUUCAAAAACUAGACAAAUGAUGCACAUGAUUAAUUUUAGUGUGAGGGUUAAAGCAAUAAUAUGGACAGUUGAUUAAGAAAUGAAAGUCAACAUUUGUCGGCCUAGAUAAGAAUCACAAAAUAAAGGUCUGUUUACUACUA